AGCUCCACCUGUCGUCUUCUUCAUCACACACACACAGCACUAUUUGCGAUCUGUAAGUUCUCUUUCUUUUUUCAGCUUUUUACGAUCUGGGCAUUAGUUAAUUCCUCGACUUUAUGUUUCUGUGAUUGCUGAAUCCGCAGUGUUUUAAGAUAUGGCUGCCAAGAAGAGCGUUGGGUCUCUGAAGGAGGCUGAUUUGAAGGGGAAGAGAGUGUUCGUCAGGGUGGAUCUCAAUGUUCCUCUCGACGACAACCUCAAGAUCACUGAUGAUACCAGGGUUCGUGCCGCUGUUCCCACCAUCAAGUACUUGAUAGAUCAUGGCGCCAGAGUCAUCCUCUCCUCUCACUUGGGUCGCCCGAAGGGUGUUACUCCUAAGUACAGCUUGAAGCCUCUGGUGCCAAGACUGUCUGAACUGCUUGGAGUCGAGGUUAAGAUGGCUAAUGACUGUGUUGGUGAGGAGGUUGAGAAAUUGGUUGCCGAGACCCAAAAUGGAGGUGUGCUGCUCCUUGAGAAUGUGAGAUUCUACAAGGAGGAGGAGAAGAACGAUCCCGAGUUUGCUAAGAAGCUGGCUUCACUUGCUGAUGUCUAUGUCAAUGAUGCCUUCGGUACGGCCCAUAGGGCCCAUGCUUCCACCGAAGGAGUUGCCAAAUUCGUGAAGCCUGCCGUUGCUGGUUUCCUCAUGCAGAAGGAACUUGAUUAUCUUGAUGGAGCUGUUUCAAACCCCAAGAAGCCAUUUGCUGCAAUUGUUGGGGGGUCGAAGGUGUCAUCUAAGAUUGGCGUGAUCGAAUCUCUAUUGGAGAAGGUCGAUGUGCUGUUGCUGGGCGGAGGAAUGAUUUUUACAUUCUACAAGGCCCAAGGAAAGGCAGUUGGGUCAUCCCUUGUGGAGGUAGACAAGCUUGAGCUGGCUACUACACUCUUUGAGAAAGCAAAGACCAAGGGAGUGUCCCUAUUGUUGCCUACUGAUGUAGUCAUUGCUGACAAAUUUGCUGCUGAUGCCAACAGCAAGGUGGUGCCAGCAUCCGAGAUCCCGGAUGGGUGGAUGGGUUUGGAUAUCGGGCCAGAUUCCAUCAAGACGUUCAGCGAGGCCUUGGAUACCACCAAGACCAUCAUCUGGAAUGGACCCAUGGGUGUGUUCGAGAUGGAUAAGUUUGCAGUGGGAACCGAGGCGAUUGCCAAGAAGUUGGCUGAGUUGAGUGGGAAGGGUGUGACAACGAUCAUUGGAGGAGGAGACUCCGUGGCUGCAGUGGAGAAAGUUGGGCUGGCUGACAAGAUGAGCCAUAUAUCCACUGGAGGAGGUGCAAGUUUGGAGCUUCUGGAGGGGAAGCCACUCCCUGGAGUCCUUGCUCUUGAUGAGGCAUGAAGCAGCUCUAAGCUGUAAGGGGUAUGUGGGAUGGACCUUUGAGGGGAAUGUUUGUUGUCUGCAAUUUUUGCGUCUUUUGGUGGAUUCUGCGUAGUCUAUGGAGAGGGUUGGUUUUAUAACCCCAUAGAGUGGAUGAACUCUUGAUGAUAUCCUUUUGUAGAGAGAUGAGAGCGAGGCUGUAGAGGGAUAUGAUGCUUUAAAUAAGCGGGCUUUCUUUCUUUGAAUGAAAUGGAAUGCAUCAUGAUGAUGCCUACUCCCAGUGUGUCCUUGAACUUCGUUUAUUUGGAGCUCCCAAUUUCAGUGAGCUUAGCAACAC